AUGGAGUCUUUUUUCAAUCAAGAAAGCAGCCAUGGGAUCAAGGGUGAUAAAAAAGCACUGGAUUCUCUCUCUUCUUCUUCUUCUUCUUCUUCAUCCAACUCUAUUGAUUCUUCAGAAUCUGAAGAUGUAUUUGAAGAAGUAAAUUCUUCUGGUUCUUCUUCUUCUUCUCCUACGUGUGAAUCUUCAGGAUCCAGUUCCUCUUCUUUCCAGCCCCUGCAAGACAUGUCCUCUUUACUCCAAGAACUUCCUGUCAAGAGAGGUCUAUCGAGGCAUUACAAUGGAAAAUCACAAUCUUUUACAUCAUUAUCCAACGUGAGGGCAUUGGAAGACCUUGCAAAGCCAGAAAAUCCAUACAAUAAGAAGCUCAAGUCAUGCAAAAGCUAUGGAGGGUUAUUUUUGGAAAGUUGCAGAGAAGAAAACCCUCGUAGGAAUAAAAGUUCUUCGAGGCUCAUUUCGAAGAGGACUACUGCAAGAGGGUCUUGUUCUUCACUUUUAAGUGGAAAGAGGACUAAUUACGGGUUUAUUGGAAAUAGGCCUCCCCCUGGGAUUCCCCCCACCCAAUAG